AUGCAACGCCAAGGAUGCCAACUGCCGCGGAACCUCAACGAAGAAGAAGAGGAAGAAGAAGAAAAGUUUCGGCAAGAGCAGGAGGGAGGGGACUCCGGAGUGAAAGUGAGUAAUCCGACAGCCAGCAUGAGCGACGCCGAGGCGCAGAGCGCUCCACCAUCGGCACCUGUGGAAGAGAAGCCACAGCCGGAGAGGAAAGUCAUAGCCACCUUGGUUCAAGGCACAGUGAAGUGGUUCAAUGUGCGUAAUGGAUAUGGCUUCAUAAACAGAAAUGACACCAAAGAGGACGUGUUUGUUCAUCAGACUGCUAUCAAGAAGAACAAUCCGAGGAAGUUCCUCCGCAGUGUUGGCGACGGGGAGGUUGUAGAGUUUGAUGUGAUUGAAGCUGCAAAGGGCUCAGAAGCAGCCAAUGUAACCGGUCCAGGCGGUGUUCCAGUGAAAGGCAGCCGCUACGCUCCCAACAAACGCCGCUUCCGUCGGCGAUUUUUCCCGCGCAGCCCGAAGCCCGGUGAGGAGGGCAAGCCAGCUGAUGGCCAGUCCUCCGCCGCCGAGGGAGAGGGAUCAGGAGAGAAUGAUGGAGUGAAACCUCAGCAACGCCGUCGGAGGCCCCGAAGACCACGGCAGGAGGCACAAGAUGGUGAGGCUGGAGAGCAAAAGAACGGAGUGGCAGAGGGUGACCAAACGCAGCGACAGCCGCAGCAAAGAUUCUGGCGCCCGUACCGCAGACCGUUCCGUCCUCGCCCACCUCCUGAGCAGGCCAGGGACGGCCAGCAGCAGGCCGCUCCAGAAGGCCCGCAGGCCGCUCCAGAAGGCCCGCAGGCCGCUCCAGAAGGCCCGCAGGCCGCUCCAGAAGGCCCGCAGGCCGCUCCAGAAGAGAUCCAGGAGCAAGGCGAGGUGAAGCAGACGGAGGCCUCUGAGGGGCCCCAGACCAACGGAGAAGCAGCUGAGGGCCAGAAACAACAACGGCGCCAGUCUAGACGGCGCAGGCAAAGGAACUCCGAGUCCUCUACCUCGAAAAACGAUACAGAGAAGUCUGCAUCGGAGUCUGGUACCCCCCCUCAGACCUCCAAACCAGAUGACCUUAAAUCCACAUCAAAAUCACCAAAGGGCUCCCCCAAAUCCUCCCCCAAAACGCCAAAAUCACCCGAGCAGGCAGCUGACACAACAGUCCCAGCACCAACAGAGUGACACCAGUGAGAGGACAGUCUCGUGACCCUUGGUCCUAGGGUUGGAGGACUGGACCUAUUUCAGAAUGCAUGCACUGCUCUCCCCUCCCUGCACUUGCCCAUCCUCCAACCCACCCAGUCUCGCUGUCGUCCCUCAGGCCUCCUCCCCUCUCAUCUAGACACGGGACAAUUGGAGAGGGGCGAGGAAGGGAAGAAGGGGAUGCAGGUGGGUGGUGGGUGCAUGUUUAGAAAUUGAAAGUACAUCAAAGACAAAAGGGAAAGAAUGGACGAUCUGCUUGGUAGCCCAGUUAUUCCAACCCCCCUUUAAAAACAAAUUUUCUUUAAUUGCCUAGAUGGGACACAUCAAGUAGUUUAUAGAGGAACCAGCCUUGAUUUUUAUUUAACUUUUUAAAAUUUGGUUGAAGAGGUGAAAACCAAGCAGGUGUGAGGUUGGUGGUGCAUUAUGGGAGUCAGUUUAGUUCUUUUACCACCUCAAUCGAUUCUUGGAAGCGUACUACUCCCUUCAUCUCCUCGGUUGAGGAACGUUUGAUGAAAAGAAACUUUAUUUUUGUGUUUUACUUAUUUGUGUGUGAUUUUCUUUGGAGGGGAUUAUGUGCAAUGUCGGUAGUAAAAAUGCUAAUUAAUAAAUCAUGUUUGCAAAUCUCUGUAUACAGUCCUUAUUUCUUCAUGACCAAGGUGCAGAUUAGAAGAUGCUGCUUUUAACGGCAUUUGUCUUUGAAAUUGGAUUACUUACUAUUGAACACAAUUUCAAAUACUAAAUAUAAAUUACUGGAGGCCUUCUCGGGUAUUUUCAAUGACAUUAUUAUUAUUAUUAUUAUUAUACAUUACUUGCAUCCUUGUAGUCACUACAUGACCACAGCAUCAUAAUACACACAUUACAGAUCCCCUCUGAACAACUUCAAUACAAAUCUUCAGAAGGUAGUGAUACACACCAUUAAAGAAUAGACAGCAAACUGCACACAGGACACAAGAAAAAGACAAACAUAUGAUCCUUGUGGGAUUUAAAAAAAGCAGCUAGUCUUUACAGGCAUCCCUUUUAAUGGCAGAUCUUGCUCUAGUGUAUCAGGCUUCUGUUUACACCUACUGGAGUGCAAGAAUAAUUGAAACUUGUAGACCCUCAUACCUUAAUAUUAACAACCAAAUAUCACACUAUAUAUGUACACAAGAACUAAAAUAAAUGUCUUUAAAAGUAGCAUUUCUGCAGGUUGUGCAAUAAGUUUGUCAUGAUCAUAAAUCUACGUUGUGAUGGCACUUUACCUUAAGCUGGGAACACGCCACAUGAUUGAAAACCCGGUUUGGCAAUGGAGACUUUGAACUCUCUCACACUCUGAAGAGAGGCCGGGUGAAGUAUUGGGACACCAAGAUCAGCUGGCAUGUUGUUAGGGUGGGGUAUCAUUUGAAAUGUUUCUACAAUCAUCCAAUUGCUGAGUUUUGAUGCCAAAAUUGUACUUUUUUGAUACUUAAAUUUGAAUAAUUUGUAAUUGUUACAAAAUCACUUUACCAUUCCAAAUUGUAACUGUCAACACUCAACAAGCUGUACAAGAAAUCCUCAAGUAUAUGACUAUCAUUUUAAUCAAACUGUACGAUCAAAGACCAGCUUUUGGUACUUGACCAUUGACCGUUAUGGGAACAUUUCAGUAGCUACCAAAAAAGUGUGUUGGGAUUUAAAUCUUAAUUCAAACCAAACAGCUUGUGUGUGUGUAUACAUAUUUGCAUAACUUUGAGACGAUGAUCUUGUAGUUUAAGCUAAAUGGUAAAAAUCUGAAUGCUAUCAGUUAAAUGUGUUUCAGUCGGUUGGAUUUACACAUCUAGUGUGUUCCCAGCUUUAGUACAAAAUAUAAAAGUAUACUUAGCUCUAUGGCUGUAUAUGCUAUUUUUUGGGGGUUGGGGGGUUUACAUCCAAACUGAAACCGUUGGAUGUCUUUGUAGAUAAAGUGCAGGAAUUCUAAAGUCUCUCCACCUCUGUCUGUCAAUAUUGCCACCUUGGAAUAAAAUCCUACCACAUGGGCAGUCCAUGCCUCAA